UCAGAAUUAUUGUUACCCUGAGAGUGAGUGAGUGAGAGAGAGAGCUGGAGCCGAGCAGCAAUACAGUGGGUGUAACGAGAGAGCUGCUAAUUGAGAUUUCUAAUGCUUCUGAGCACUGUGAGGGCAGGAGUUUGGCAAUAGAGAUCCCCAGUGGCUGGAGGACGGCAGUCGGGGCCGCUGAGAGCCGCUGCUCCCGAGCAAAGGGAAAACUCAGCCGCGCUCUCUCUCUCUCUCUCUCUCCGGCAGUGACUGUCCCCCACAGACUCUCUCUCUCUCUCUCUCUCUCCGCGGGAGCACAGGGGCUCAGCGCUGCCACAUCAGCCCUGGAACUGAGAAACCUUUUUUUCCUUUUUGUUGUGAGUUUGUGCAGCCAAGUGGGUAAACAAGAGGUUUUCAGUCUGGAAUCCGGCGUUAUUGACUUUGGAUUUAACUUCGUUUGUGACUAUGAGAUCCGCAGUUUGUGUGAGAGGAGUUUACAGCUAAACUGGAGGCAGAUCCUCACAGGAGCAGAUUUUUGUUGCUGUUUGUGGCAUUUCUUGCAAGAAACUGUUGGAGCGAUCUUGAAGAAGGGAAAGGAAGGAAAAAGGACAAGGAAAUAAGAAAAAGGACGGGGCUGGAUUUCUUGGUGGAUGAGUCAGCCUGAGGGAGCCUUUCCUGAGAUUGCAGCCGCAAUCACUGUGAUAUCUCUCAGCUCUCUGUAAUGUCCCUUCCACACACAUUCUCAUUGCUCUCCCUUUCGCUGGGUUUUUAGGCACCGAUUUGUCUGGAGCUCCGGUGGGGAGACUUUCUUAUUCUUCUGACUAGUGCUGAGGCUCCUGUGUGUGUGUGUGUGUGUGAAACUGCACUGUCUGAUGAGCACAUUGAUGGAGACAGACUGUGCGGAUCAGCGAGACAUCGGCACCAAGAGCCUGGACUGAGGGAUUCAGAGAGCCUCAACAUCUGUCAGGUCUCCUGCACCAGUCCGGAGAUCAACAGAGACGUGAUUCUGUUUGCAAGGAAGACCAGGGACCCUGCCAAUGAGUGCGCAUUACCGCUGAAUUGAGCCGUGUUGAAGUCUCUCGCUGUCACCAAUGAGUGCGCGAAGUGGCUGAGGAGCCGAGAGUUGGAGGGUUUGUCGUGCCUUUGAUUUACAACACAGAAAAAAGGAAUGAGUCAGAUGUUGCACAACCUCUGUCUGUGGUUGCUCACUCUCCAUACGCUUACGCUGUCGAGGCCCAUGCUGUCCCAGCAGAAAGAGAGCAGCAGCCUGCCAGACAGGGAAGAUCCAGAUCUCCCAAAUCACCUGUUCCUGGACCCCGGUGACACACUCAGGCUGAUCUGUGACAUCAGCCGACCCAUGAGUGUGAACUGGUACAAAGAAGACAAGCAAAUCCCACCUGCGGACAGGGUGCACAUUUCCCAGAAGAUCCUGAAGAUCACCAAGAUGACGUAUGAUGAUUCAGGCCUGUACCUCUGUGUGAUGAGUGGGACAGGCGAGAUCCUGAGAAAUUUCUCUGUGGUUGUGGCGGACUCAUUGUCUUCAGGUGAUGAUGACGAAGAUGGUAUCUCUGAGAAUUCAGAACCCGAGUCGAACAAUAGCCGAACAAACCCCCACAAAGAGCAGACACCUCACCGGCCGAUCUUGCAGUUCGGGCUUCCUGCCAAUAAGACAGCGGUGGUGGGUAGCAAUGUGGAGUUUUACUGCAAAGCGCUCAGCGACGCUCAGCCUCACAUCCAGUGGCUGAAACACGUGGAAGUGAAUGGAAGUAGAUAUGGACCAGAUGAGAGCCCCUACGUCAAGGUCUUGAAGACUGCAAACAUUAUCAGCAACAAAAUCGAAGUCCUUUACCUGCGAAAUGUCACGUUUGAGGAUGCCGGGGAGUAUACGUGUUUGGCAGGCAAUUCCAUCGGGAUUUCGUAUCAUUCGGCUUGGCUGACAGUUCUGCAAGAACAGUCAGCUCACCGGCCGAUCUUGCAGGUUGGGCUUCCUGCUAAUAAGACAGUGGUGGUGGGUAGCAAUGUGGAGUUUUACUGCAAAGUGCUCAGCGAUGCCCAGCCUCAUAUCGAAUGGCUGAAACAUGUGGAGGUGAAUGGUAGUAGAUAUGGACCAGAUGAGACACCCUACGUCCAGAUCUUGAAGACUGCAGAUAUUAACAGCACCGAAAUCGAAGUCCUUUACCUGCGAAAUGUCACGUUUGACGAUGCCGGGGAGUAUACGUGCUUGGCUGGCAAUUAUAUCGGGAUUUCUUAUCAUUCAGCUUGGCUGACAGUUAUACCAGGAGCUCCUCACUGGACACACAUUGAUCGGAUGGAAAAGCGUCUUCAUGUUGUUCCGGCUGCAAACACAGUGAAGUUCCGCUGCCCGGCGGCCGGGACCCCAGUCCCCACCAUUCGUUGGCUGAAGAACGGCAGAGAGUUUCGGGGGGAGCAGCGGAUCGGAGGCAUUAAGCUGCGCCAUCAGCAUUGGAGUCUAGUGAUGGAAAGCGUGGUACCGUCUGAUCGCGGGAACUAUACUUGUGUGGUCGAGAACAAAUAUGGCAGCAUCAACCACAGUUACCAACUAGAGGUAUUGGAGCGGUCGCCUCACCGGCCGAUCUUGCAGGUUGGGCUUCCUGCUAAUAAGACAGCGGUUUUGGGUAGCAACGUGGAGUUUUAUUGCAAAGUGUUCAGUGAUGCUCAGCCUCACAUACAAUGGUUGAAACAUGUGGAGGUGAAUGGUAGUAGAUAUGGACCAGAUGAGACCCCUUACGUCCAAGUUUUGAAGACUGCAGAUAUUAACAGCACGGAAAUCGAAGUCCUUUACCUGCGAAAUAUCACAUUUGAAGAUGCCGGAGAGUAUACAUGUUUGGCAGGCAAUUCCAUCGGGAUUUCUUAUCAUUCAGCUUGGCUGACAGUUAUACCAGAAGAAGAACCUCUGAAAAUGAGUGACUCUGGGACCAAGUACACUGACAUCUUAAUCUACGCCGCUACUUCUCUGGCCAUCAUCUUGUUAUUGGUCAUCGUGAUACUGUGUAGGAUGCAGACAAGGUCAACCAAGAGAACCUUUGACCCACUUCCCGUGCAGAAGCUCUCCAAGUUCCCCUUCAAAAGACAGUUCUCGCGAGAGUCAAACUCUUCAGUGAAAUCCAAUGCCUCCCUCGUGAGAGUGGCUCGACUGUCUUCCAGCGGCAUGCCCAUGCUGGCUGGCGUCAUGGAGUUUGAGCUGCCAAAGGACCCGAAAUGGGAAUUUGAUCGUGAUAAGCUGGUCCUGGGGAAGCCCCUUGGCGAAGGCUGCUUUGGGCAGGUGGUCAAGGCAGAGGCUUAUGGGAUUCACAAGGACAACCCUGACAAACUAGCUACUGUUGCAGUGAAAUCACUGAAAGAUGAUGCCACAGAGAAGGACCUUGCGGACCUCAUCUCAGAGAUGGAGUUGAUGAAGAUGAUGGACAAACACAAAAACAUCAUUAAUCUGCUAGGUGCCUGCACACAAGAUGGUUUGCUCUACGUAAUAGUGGAAUAUGCCUCAAAAGGAAACUUGCGAGAAUAUCUCCGGGCACGGCGCCCUCCAGGCAUGGAUUACACCUUUGAUAUAACUAAAGUGCCCGAGGAGCAACUAACGUUCAAAGACCUGGUGUCCUGCGCUUACCAGGUAGCACGGGGGAUGGAGUACCUGGCAUCCAAGAAGUGUAUCCAUCGUGACCUGGCAGCCAGAAAUGUAUUGGUGACGGAAGACAACGUCAUGAAGAUCGCAGACUUUGGUCUGGCAAGAGGGGUAAAUAACAUUGAGUACUACAAGAAAACUACCAAUGGUCGUUUGCCAGUGAAGUGGAUGGCACCAGAGGCUUUGUUUGACAGAGUAUACACGCACCAGAGUGAUGUUUGGUCAUUUGGGAUUCUGAUGUGGGAGAUUUUCACCCUCGGUGGCUCUCCUUACCCAGGAAUUCCAGUGGAAGAGCUCUUCAAACUCCUGAAAGAGGGACAUCGAAUGGACAGACCCUCAAACUGCACACAUGAACUGUAUUUGCUAAUGAGAGAAUGUUGGCACGCAGCCUCUUCCCAGAGGCCAACAUUUAAACAGCUUGUGGCAGAACUCGAUGAGGUCUUGUCUGCAAUAUCGGAUGAGUAUUUGGACCUCUCCACGCCAUUCGAACAGUAUUCCCCCUCGUGCGAGGACAGCACCAGCACCUGCUCCUCCAGUGACUCUGUCUUCACCCAUGAGCCUUUGUCUGAUGAUCCUUGUCUACUCAACUACCAUGAAUGUAACACUCGAGUCAGGACUUGAGGGAAAGGUCAGACCAGAGCUAUCGUUGCAAGGAUGUUAAACUUUCCCUUUAACAAGUAUGAAGCUACUUUUGCGAACAAUGUGAAGCUGGAUUGAGAAUGAUUUGCUUCAAGUUCUACUUCUUAAAAGUCAUGAAAUACCUUUUAUCACAGAAAAAAACCCUUCACUCAUUCAGUGGAAAACUUAAGUUCUUCCUUGAUUUGAAUUCUUCGGUUUGGUUAGCAUCGGAGACAGAUGAUUUUGAUAAUGAAAGCCAUAUAUGAACAGAGAGAACCUCUGUGUUUGGAGUGAGGAGCGAAAGGGCUCUGUAAACUAAUGGAGUUCUGAGCUUUUCUCCUCAUUAUUAUCAUCAUUGACGUUUUGACCGACCCAGUGCUUUACUCUAGACAGGAAACAGUGACACAAUCACAAGGAUGAACGUUGGCAGCAAAGGAAACCAAACUCAAACAAGUUAAAGUCAUUGAGAAAUCCACCCGGACCAGAAAGACAAAUGAAAGCAAGGAAAAUCAACCAGUGGGGUUCUCAUAAAAAAGGGUUGUUUACCAGAUGAAACCUUUCCUGCAUUCUUCAUGUAACAGUUGUAGCCAUUGCAAGGUUCAGUAAUCACAAUGGUUUCAAGUGAGCUGGACUAAUGGCCCCAGAUUAGACAACUGCAUCUGUAACAUUCCCGAACAACACAAUUUAACAGCAUGAACGAGAAUAAGUUGCUUACCCCUCACAAAUCGUUUUCAUGUCAUCCUCCCAUUUGUUGCAGCCCACAUGUUCCUGAGUGGAGCAGAGCUCUUUGAGAUAAUUUUACCUUGUCCAGUCGGUGUGAUCAAUAAUAAUAAUCAUUUGAUACAGCGCCUUAU